AUGCCUCCCAAGCUAGGCCAAAUCGUGGAGACAAUCCUCUACACGUCAGACGUAGCCCGCCUAGCGGACUGGUACAAAGAAAUAAUGGGCAUCAAGCCAUUUUCCGAGAACCCUCGGGGUGUGGGGUUUAGCCUACCAAAUGACACAAUACUUCUCCUAUUUGAUCGCAACAAGACUACGGAAGAUACCGUGCUGCCCAAUGGUCUGAUUCCGAAGCAUGGCACUGAGACGGGUCUUGGCCAGCAUAUGGCGUUUGCUUGUGCUUCUGCAGACGAGCUGGCUGAAUGGGAAGAGCAUUUCAAAGCCAAAGAUGUAACUAUCCUUGGUAAGAUGGACUGGGAGUUGGGUGGGAAGUCGAUCUAUGUGAAAGACUGGGAGGGGCAUGUAAUCGAAGUCAUGACCAGAGGCGUUUGGCCAGUAUAUUGA